ACUCUGUCCCUCUUGUUUCCUUUCUAUAGGAACCUCAGCCACACUUCAUCAAAAUGCAAAGGAGCAUAUUACAGACUGCAUCUCAGCUGGCUCAUGGGACAUGUUUGUUUUUUUCUCCCACUAAUAUCCUGCAGUGCUUAAAAGAACAAUCAGUCUCAUCUAAUGUUGGAUGCAAAGCAAUUUUGGCACUGAGCCCUCCUAAACGAUGUCACCAUGCAGGUGCAGCACUGUUUGCCUCAAAGAAACGUGUGUUUUCAUCCCAGCCAGCAAACACUCCUCACAAAGUACCAGAAGAUAGAAAUGCUUUGACUUCAGCUGAUGAUAAAUCCCAGCAGAGCCCUGCAGAAUCAGUUUCUUCAGACCCUGAUCCGUUACAAGACAAAUCAAUUAGUCUUUUUCAGCGAUUCAAGAAAACUUUUAAACAAUAUGGAAAAGUCAUGAUUCCAGUGCAUCUUUUGACCUCCACUGUAUGGUUUGGAUCCUUUUACUAUGCAGCCAUGAAAGGUGUGAAUGUUGUUCCAUUCCUAGAAUUGAUUGGCUUACCAGACAGCGUAGUAAACAUCCUGAAAAAUUCUCAAAGUGGAAAUGCACUAACUGCGUAUGCAUUGUAUAAGAUUGCAACUCCUGCCAGAUACACUGUGACUUUAGGAGGAACGUCCAUCACUGUCAAGUAUCUACGUAAAAGUGGCUACAUGUCCACACCACCACCAGUAAAGGAGUAUCUGCAAGACAGGAUGGAGGAAACUAAGGAUAAAAUUACAGAGAAAAUGGAGGAAACAAAGGAUAAAAUUACAGAAAAGAUGGAAGAAACAAAGGAUAAAAUUACAGAAAAGAUACAGGAAACCAAAGAUAAAGUUUCAUUUAAAAAAAUAAAGGACUAGGAAAGAUGCUUAAUUGCUGGAUAUAUCAAACUUAGCACUUUAACGCUUUGAGGCAGGAGAUACAAAGUGCACUUCUGAGUUCUUUUUUUUUUUCUUUUUGUCUGGAGACUACAGUUGCUCUGUGGAUUAAAAAUUCUGUGCACUCAUCAAGGCUAAAGUUCCCUGGGGGAGGGUAGUU